AUGGUAUUUCAACUAUCAAUGAAAACAAAGGGAUUUUUAACUCUAAUAGGAGGCUUUAUACUUCUUUUAAUGAGUGGCUCAAUGUUUUUAUGGGGUCAGAUUAAUGUUUAUGUUACAUCUUAUUACAGAUAAAAAGAUGAUGCAAAUUUAGAUCUUAGUGUUGGUGGUGCCAUUUUUCCAGUUAUGAUGGCGUCAUUUGGAUUUGGUCUUCCUUUAGGCAUUAAACUGGUAAAAAUAUUUGGCCAAGCAAGAAUUAGUUUGCUCAUCAGUACUAUCAUUUCUUGCUUAAUGAUAGUGAUUUCAAGCUAUACAGAAAGGUUUUACCAGUUCGUGAUUGUCUAUGGUAUUAUAAGUGGGUUAGCAUAAGGUUCUAUUUUUUUUGUACCAAUUUACAUAGGUUAUUUAUACUUUCCUAAUAAUAGAGGCUUAGUUGCUGGAAUUAAUAGCCUGGGUUAUGCUUUAAACUCUUUCUUAUUUGGGUUACUAUUCUUUAAAUUAGUAAAUCCUAAUGGACUUCCUUAAAUUAGCAAUCCUGAUGGAUACUCCUAUUUUGAAGGAGUUUCAAUUAGUGUAGCAUAAGCUGUGCCUUAAGCUAUAAGAUCUAUAGGAUACAUUUUCUUGAGUGUUUCUAUUUUUGCUACACAAUUAAUUAUGUAUCAUCCAAAUCAAAUAGGCGAGUAAGAAAAAAGACUAAAGAAGGAAUUACAAAAAAAAGAAAGUGAAAUGAAAGAAUUAUAGUAAAUUUAGCAAAAAUUAGAAUUAAUUGAUAUCUAAUCCACCAAAAAAAAUAACAAAGAAGAUUAAGAGUAAUUCAAGCAAACAGAUAUUGUCUAAUUAGAUUAAUUAGAGGUUAAUAAAAAGAUAGAAAUCAUUUAAUUAGAAGAAGAAUUAAUCCAGUAGAAAAUCUAAAUUGCACACAAAUUAGAAUUACAGUUAGAAAAAUAACAUAAAAACUCUUUUUUAUCAGAAAUAUCUACAAAACCAUUAGAUUUAGAAAAGUAUUAUGAUUAAAAGGAAAAUAAAAUGGAAGCUGAUUUAUAAGAACUUAAAAAAAGAAAUGCUUAUAUUGAAAAAUAAUUAAAUAGCCUUGGUCCUCCGUCAAUUAAAAUUUGUUUCAGACAACCUUAACUUUAUGUGUCAAUAUUGUUAGGAUUCUUAGUUAUUGGAUUAGGAUUAAUUAUUAAUGGGAACUACAAAUCUAUAGCUAAGGACUAUGGAUUUACAAGUGAUAGCUUUUAAUCAUUAGUAGGGUCUCUUAGUGGUAUUGCUAGUGGUUUCUGUAGACCGGUGUGGUCUCUUUUGCUUGAUAAGUACUCUUUCAAAAGAAUAUUAUAAAUUCUACUAUUGAUAGAAAUAAUAACUUCUUUAACUAUGCAAUUUACAAAUGUUAAUAAAAUCUUCUACGCUCUUUGGGUAUUUAUAAUUCAUACAACUUUAGGGGGUGUUCUUGUAAUGUGGCCUGUCUUUUGCUCUUAGAUUAAUGGUAUCAAGAUUGGUUCAUAGCUAUAUUGCUUUUACUGGCUUGGAUUUACAAUUGCAAAUCUCUUCUAGUUUAUGCUAGUAAUGGGAUUAAAGACUAAAAUAGGUUUCAAUAAUAUUUUAUACAUUUAUUUUGCUUAGGCCUUAAUUGGAUUACUGUUAAUUACUUUCUAUAAUUUUAAAAUAAAUUGGGCAAAGUAUUAUAAGGAAAUCCCUAAAAAUUUAUAAUCUUAAAUUUCACUGCAAACAUAAUAAAUACUUGAUAACUAACUAAGAUCAACUAUUAUAUCUAGUUGA